GUUACGUCCUAGAUGUCGCACAUCGUUGUCUCUUCUACGUCACUCCCAGCUGUUUUAGGGUUGUGUUUUUUGUCAGCGUCAAAAAAUCAACAAUUAAAGUAUAUUAUUGAAUUUUGAUUUCAAAUUAGCAUUCGGGCAUAAAUUUUAUUCUACGAUGAUUAUAAUUGUGACAAUCAUCCCAUUUUUUAAGGAUUUGGAAUUUCAAUUAAAAAUUGGUUGAAAGGUUAUUGUGCUACAUUCAUCAAAGGGACAAGAGAAAACAAGAAACGCCACUUUGGCCUCACUAUGGAUUUGCCAGUUGCAGUUGAGAUUGAACAGGAAUUUGCUGUUAAUAAUGAAGCAGAUGUUGUCUCCAUGCAUCAUGAUGCUGCCGAACACAAUUUGGACCAACCUGAGUAUGUAAGGAUUAAGGUAGAGUCUGAAGAAUGGGAUUCUGCUUUGCCAAAAAAUCUAGGUGAAGAUGUGAUGAAAAUUAAGAAGGAAGAUCCAGAAUUAGAUGCAACUCCUAAAUAUUGUGAUGUUUCACAAUUUAAAACAGGGAUUGGUGUGGGGCAAGAAAGCAGAACAGAUGUAAAUAAUGAGGAGUUAUUGAAAAGGAAAGAACCGCGAUGCUUGGAUGCUAUCCAUAUAAAGGAAGAACCGGACAUACAAGAUGAGAGUGACACAAGCAACUCUGCGAUAUCUUCUAAAAGCUGCCGAAUCUGUCCACAAUGUAACAUGACAUUCAUACAGAAAAAAACACUAGACGAUCAUAUCGUAAAAAACCACCCAGAUUCCAUUUCAUCUGUCACUUUCAAAAUACAUAACUGUCCGAAAUGCGAGUUUAAAACUGUAGUGAAAGUUGCAUUUGAAAAUCAUCUGUUGAAGCACCCUGACACAGCUUCAGAGUAUAAAUUCAGUAACUGUGAACACUGUAAUCAGUCAUUCAAAACUAAGAUAGCACUGCACGAUCACAUAUUGAAAAAACAUCCAAGUUUUUCUGAAACAGUCUCUAGCAAAGUACAUGCAUGUAAAAAAUGCGAUUUUAAAACGACUAUAAGGAAAUAUUUAAGUAGACAUUUGUUGAAACACCCAGAGUCAUCUGAUAAUUAUAAGUUCAGCGUGUGUCCAGAAUGCAACAUGACAUUCAGAAGUAAAAUGUCUUUGGACGACCACAUUUUGAGAAAACAUCCAAAAUUUAUUGAGUAUGUUACUAGCAAAAUACAUGCAUGUUCCCAAUGCGAUUAUAGAACCACAGCAAGUAGUCAUUUGAGCAAACACCUUGUGAAGCAUCCUGAGACAGAUAGUAGUUUUAAGUUUGUUAAUUGCGUGCAUUGUGAUGGGGCGUUCAAUAGUAAACAGCUGCUGGAUGAUCACAUAGUUAAGAAACAUGUAGAGUUUAGUUCAUCAGUUACUAGCAAAAUACACGAAUGUAGAAAGUGCUCUUAUAAAACGACUAUCAACAGUGAUUACAACAGGCAUAUUUUGAAACACCCUGAAACGACGAUUGAUUAUAAGUUCAGUACUUGUCCACACUGUAACGCAGCUUUAAGAAAUAGAAUUACAUUAGAUAAUCAUAUCUUAAAGAAACAUCCAGAAUUUAGCGAAUCGGUGACUACCCAAAUAUAUAAAUGUAUACAGUGUGAUUUUGCAACGACAUUUAUCCAUCACAUUAAAAAACACGUGUUAAAACAUGAAACAGAUAGUCCUAGUUUUCAGUAUAACACUUGUAAACACUGUGAUGCCACAUUCAAAUAUAGGGUUGCUCUUGAUAAAAUGCACGAAUGUAGAAAGUGCUCUUAUAAAACGACUAUCAACAGUGAUUACAACAGGCAUAUUUUGAAACACCCUGAAACGACGAUUGAUUAUAAGUUCAGUACUUGUCCACACUGUAACACAGCUUUAAGAAAUAGAAUUACAUUAGAUAAUCAUAUCUUAAAGAAACAUCCAGAAUUUAGCGAAUCGGUGACUACCCAAAUAUAUAAAUGUAUACAGUGUGAUUUUGCAACGACAUUUAUCCAUCACAUUCAAAAACACAUGUUAAGACAUCCUGAGGUAUCUGGUAAGCUAAAGCUGGUCUCAUGCAACCAUUGUAGUGCAACAUUUAGAAGUAAACAGGGGCUGGAUGAUCAUGUCAUUAGGAAACAUCCAAGUUUUAUUGCUUCAAUUACUUGCAAGAUAUAUGAAUGUAAAAAGUGCAAUUUCAAAACUGCUGUGCACAGUCACUUAUCCAAACAUCUAUUAAAACUUCAUGAUAGUUAAUAUUGUUAAGCGUUAUUCAUUCUAAAUUAUUCGACAAUUUAAUUUGUAUUUGGUAUAUCAUCACGUAACUAUUAAGUUUAUCGUGUUUGGUUGACUAUCAGAAGUACCGGGUAACAAAUACACAGUUUACGUUUAGCAUUCUGAUGUGGAUUGUGAUAUUUUUUAUAUGUUUAUUUAAGUUUUAGUCUUGUACCGCUAAGUAAAGAAUUUAUAUUACUUUACCGUACAGUGCUGUCCUGUAUACUAUUAUAUUAUUGAGUAAAAUCCUACUAUUAUUCAUUCAGAGUGUUAAUUCAUUAUCUCCCCAUACCACACAAUUUACAAACAAAUAUUUAUCUUGGAGUAGUUGUACAGAAUAAACUUUAAUUUAUUAGGGUGUUCGGAAAGUUCUUGC